GCCCCAAAUUCAUCCAACCUCUUUCUUCAAUGAUUAAUGAAUUAAUUUCACUAAAAUUAAAUAAAAAUUCUCUUAUAAAAUCAACUCCUCAAAACUAUAUAAUCUUUUUUCCUCUUUUCUGCCUCUAUUUCUAUUUUCUUCUUUUUUUUUCUCUGUAAAUAGCUUUUCCUUUAUGCCCUUAUUUGGGUAAAGAAUUUAAUUGAAUUAAAUCACUUUAUGGAGGGUUCCAAUCAAAGUCCGGGCUUUGAUCCUCAUUCCGGAGUUCGAGAAAACCAGGUUUUGGAUUCUAGGGUUUGUUCUUUGUCCCUAAACAAUGUUACCGGCAAUCGGAACUUCAAUUCUCUCCCGGAUGAUAGCAUGGGACUUGAAAGAUAUGAUUCGCCAAGCCAUGCUAGUUUUGAGAGUCAAGGAAUGAAUGUUUCUGGAGAAUGUGAUAAUGGGUUAUCAGUGCCAACAAAAAGCACGGAGGAGUUGAAUGAUGAGGAAAAAGAACCAAGGACUAGCCAUCCGAAGCCAGGAAAAUACUUCUUUUAUGACUCCCCGCUUGCUGAAGACACUGGGGUUUGGAUACCAGUCUCAGUUCCACCUAUGCUUGAAUGUCAUCAUGAAGGGUGGGCUAGAGGUUUUCAUUCCAAUGGGGGUUAUUUCCCUGAAGGUGAUAUGGGAUGGGGCGAGUUCCUUGAGCAAGAGAAGGAGUUAACAAUGUGGGAUGUGAUAGUGGAGAUGAUACUUGCUGCUCGUGGGAAAGUAAAUGCUUUCACUUCCGGUGAUAUUCAAAGAUGUGGCUUUUCGUGGCUAUCAAGUCAUUUGCUUGAGCAAGCUUGGCAAGAGAUGGCCCAGACGCUAACUGAAGCAAAUUUAGGUAAUAUGAAGGAAAUUCUUGAAGCGGAACCACCAAAGUGGUUGGCUGACAGUGCUGCUUCUGCUUGUAUGCUGUGUGGUGUGAGGUUUCACCCAAUCCUGUGUUCUAGACACCAUUGCAGGUUUUGUGGAGGAAUAUUUUGUGGUGAGUGUUCUAAAGGAAGGAGUUUAAUGCCAGAAAAGUUUCGUGUUGCUGAUCCACAACGUGUCUGUGAUGUAUGCUGUGUGCGGCUUGAGUCUGUCCAACGAUACUUGAUGGACCAAGUUAGUCAUGCUGCUCAGUUGCCAACCCAUGACCUGACAGACCUGAGUACUAUGAGAUCUUGGGUUAAUUUUCCCUGGGGACAGUCCAUGGAACAUGAAAUUUACAAGGCAACAAAUGCAAUUCGGGGUUAUAUUACGAAGGUUGGUUCUUUGAAACCUGAGAAAUCAAUUCCAGAUGCCAUUCUUCGAGAAGCAAAAGGUCUUGCCAUAAUAUCUGUUAUGAAAGUUGGUGUCAUGGUUACAUACAAUGUUGGUACAGGACUUGUGAUUGCACGUAGAGAGGAUGGCUCCUGGUCUCCACCCUCUGCCAUUUCUUCAUUUGGUAUAGGAUGGGGAGCUCAGGCUGGGGGAGAGCUGACAGAUUUUAUUAUAAUCUUGAGAACAAGUGAUGCUGUUAAGACUUUUAGUGGCAAUGCACAUCUUUCUAUUGGAGCUGGUUUGAGUGCAGCUGCUGGUAUUGUUGGACGGGCUGUGGAAGCUGAUGUACGAGCUGGUGAUGGUGGUUAUUCUGCUUGUUAUACAUACAGCUGCAGUAAAGGUGCUUUUGUUGGAUGUUCCCUUGAAGGGAGUAUUGUCACCACUCGCAGAAGAGAGAAUUCCCGAUUCUAUGGCAGCCAGUCAAUGACAGCAUCAGAUAUACUUCUUGGGUCGAUGCCUCGGCCACCUGCUGCUGUCAUUCUCUACCAUGCACUCUCUGAUCUAUAUAACAUGCUAAGUUGAGUUCCUGAGUUGGGUAUCAAACUAUUUGCUUCAAGGCUUAGUGUGGAAAAGCGCCAAUGGUAGAUGAAUCUUAUGUACAUUCUCUAUAAAUCAUCUAUUCUGAUCUGCUGCACCAUCAUUCUUUGCCUGUGUUAAAGUUGAUAUCAGAUUGUUGUAUACGUUAUAGGUCUUCCAAAAGGGAAGGACCUGGAUGGGAAAAAUUGGAAGGAAAAUGGAAAGACUGGCAGAAAAGAAAGAAAAAGAAAACACUUAGCAUGUUAAUGCAAUGUAUAUAUAUAUGUUGAGGAAUAUCCAGAUUAAUUUCUUGUGAUUGUAUUAUAUUAUUGAACCUUCAAAUCAUAAAGAAAACAAAGAAGAAUAGAUUUUUUU